AUGACAUCCUGAAACAGAGGUCAAUUCAAACGGGGGAUCUGAAGAAAUCUCAUCUCUUCUAAAACCCUUUGAAUAUCCGACAAGACCCGGGAUUUUGCGUGGCCAUAAAAUCGUUUCCUAAUUUACAUUUUUCAUCUCCUUCCCCCAAAUCCAAGUGGGUACAAAAAUUUCCCAACUCUUUAUUUAUUUUUUCACCAGCAAAAAUGACCAACGAUUUCCUCAUCUUUCCCAAUCCUUGCUUUUCUUUUCAUAUUAAUGUCUGUUUCAUAAACUUUAGAAACUUAGAACAUUGUUGUAGUAUAGUGACAGAUCUUUCCCAACCCUGAGGCUUUUUCCAAAACCGUUGCUUUCACGCGCUCUCUCACUCUCUUUUUAUAGGAGAAGGUAGAAGAACAGAGAGACAGAGAGAGGAAAUGACUUUUGAACUAACUGAAGACUCUUGUUUUCCACGGGGAUUGUUAGUUGUACAUGUGGGUCUUGCUCUCGUUGAUGCCAUUAUUGCAGUUCUUGCAUUCUAUCAGUUAGCAAGGAUUCAAUCAAGAAAUUCACAUGGUUGGACUCGUCAAAAAGUGUUCCAUAUAUUAAUUGGUUCUUCUAAUUUGGGUUAUUUAGCUUAUUUUGUGUUAGCUCUUUUUGCUGCUUGCAAUGGAUGGCCAUGUUGGUCAGGUUCUUGUGGCUUCAUUUUUAUGGCCUUCCCCAAAAUUCUGCUUUUGGCUUUGUUUCUUCUUCUUUUGUCAUUUUGGGUUGACCUCUGCCACCAGCCAGAUGAUGAAGACGAUGAGGACGAAGAGAGAAGUUUCGAGGAGGGCUUGUUGGAGACGAUAUCUAGUAAACCAAGUUCAUCAAAUACAGAUUGGAGUAAGAGGUGGCUUCCGGCACGACUGCCUCACGUCGGAAGCCGCCAAAAUUUAGUAAUACUGGUGAUUGCGAUUAUCUUUGUUUUAACAUUGGCAUUUGCUCUGAUACUCUGGAUUGGGAUGGGAAAUAAAUCCAUUGAUUCUUUGGUAGUUGUUCAGGUAGUAUAUGUAGAUUUUUUCGCUGUAGCAAUACUCUUAUUAGGAUGCGCAUUAGCUUGCUACGGACUGCUAUUGUUCUUGAAAAUGAGAAAGGUUAGAUCUGAGAGGGCAUCAUCUGAAAUAUUGAAGGUUGCAGGUUUAGCUGCGAUUUCUGUCAUAUGCUUCACUUCGAGUGCACUCGUAGCUCUUUUAACUAAUAUACCGGGACUGUAUCAGUGGCGACAAUAUCACAUUUAUGGUGCAUCUGCAUAUACUUCUAUUUUGCUGAUUACAUACUAUUUUAUAGGAUCAUCAAUACCUUCAGCAUUUGUUCUUUGGAUCACGAGAGAAUUACCACCAUGGAUAGCAGCUAGUGCCCAAGAACAAGCGACAAUAACCUUCAGUCGGGACGGUUCUGCAGCUGUGCGUCGUCCUCAACAAUGGACUUUGACAACAAAUGCACCGGUAUCGAGGGCUAGCCCCAUAUGAAUGCUUUCGAGAUGCAAGUUUACUGUCUGCCAUUUCGAAAGCGUGCCAGAAUCGCCGAUCGACUGACCCCGAGAAAUGAUAUUUGAUUGUUAUGUAGAUAUGAUUGCAACCGUUGUGAAAUGUGCUUGUGAUCAGUAUCGAAAAAAUCCGUAAGGUGCUGUUAUAUGAUGCUGUAAACGUGUAUAUAUACUUAUCUUGCAUAUUGCCUUGAUCAAAUGUUAAUAGAAUAUCUGAAUAUCCCGAGCUAACCACUGAUUUUGCCGUUUCAUUCUCGUCGAGAUGUACAUUUGCUACUUGGAGAUCCAUGGCAGCAUUCUUUUUAUGUAUUCUUGUCACACUUUGUAGAAAAAAUAAACAGAGAGAUAUUUGUGGUAACUUCAACAGUAUGAGUCUUGAUCAACAACAGAUUUUUCUUCGCCUUUCGAUCGAGCAUUGCCCUGUUUCUUUAUUCUCCAUGCCAGUUUUUCUGAGAAGGGUUUGUAAAUCUUCGCCAUUUUCUCGACCUCCCUCGACUCGAAUCAGGUCAAGAACUUAGCAGAGUAGCAGAUUUCCAGUACAGCAAAAAGCACUAACUGAAUCAACAUUUGAUACAAAGAACUCUCGUAAUGUUUCAACAACACCAGCCAACCAUUUUCACGACAACGAGAUCGGGUCACAUUACGUCGUAGUCCCGGAGAAGUUUUGAACCAUAGUUGUUGGUAGUCGGUUCCUCGAUGCAGCUUCAACACAUCAGAUUUGAUACCUACAAUGGUUGAUAGCUUUAUUUGUGAUGGCAAAAGUACUCGUUUAGAUGCCAAGAGGUAGAAGCACUUUGAGUUCCCUCAAUGCACCUUCUGUAGCUUUUUUUUUCCCUCGAUUUUAGAAGUUGAAGUUUAGUGUUUUCAAUUAUGACUAAUCAUUAUAUGUAAUCUCAUUUUCAACAGCUAUAUCCAUGUUGGCGAUCUCA